UCUGUAACUUCCCUUUUAAACAUAAACAUCUUUUACGCUGCAGAAGUUUGACAUUUUUACGUGUUUCCAUUUGUUUUGCAGCCCUAGGACACUACUGCAGGCACCAAUAGAAGAAAAAAAAUCCACGAACUGAAGAAAGACUUGAUUUUUUUAGUUUAGAAGUGUGAAGCGGGCGCCAAACAGGAGUUUUUUUCUAAAGACCCGAGGUCAACUGACGGCAGCUCGCAGCCGGAAGUGGGCCUGUAACCGGCCUGUAACAACCGGAAGUCCUUCCUUAGUCCGUGGUCUGACGUCGGUUGGGAUCUUGGCCGCGGCGGUGAUCGCUGGACGAGGAGUGCCUGGAGUGAUUGACCAAAAUGCCAAAUAUCAGAAUCUUCGGUGGCAGCUCCCACCGGGAGUUAUCUCAGAAAAUCGCCGCCCGCCUGGGCCUAGAGCUAGGCAAGGUGGUCACCCAGAAAUUCAGUAACCAGGAGACCUGCGUGGAAAUUGGCGAGAAUGUGCGAGGAGAGGAUGUCUACAUAGUGCAGAGUGGUUGUGGCGAAAUCAACGACAGCCUAAUGGAGCUCUUGAUCAUGAUUAAUGCCUGCAAGAUCGCCUCAGCCAGCCGGGUUACCGCCGUCAUCCCGUGCUUCCCUUAUGCCCGGCAGGAUAAGAAAGAUGAGAGCCGGACCCCAAUAUCCGCCAAGCUUGUGGCAGAUAUGCUGUCUAUAGCAGGUGCAGAUCGUAUCAUCACCAUGGAUUUACACGCUUCUCAGAUUCAGGGCUUUUUUGAUAUCCCAGUAGACAAUUUGUAUGCGGAGCCAGCUGUCCUGAAGUGGAUAAGGGAGAAUAUCCCUGAGUGGAGGAACUGCAUUGUUGUCUCCCCAGACGCCGGUGGAGCCAAGAGAGUGACCUCCGUUACAGACAGGUUGAACGUGGGCUUUGCCUUGAUUCACAAAGGAAGGAAGAAGGCCAGUGAAGUGGACCGCGUGGUGCUAGUGGGAGACGUGAGAGAGCGUGUGGCUAUCCUUGUGGACGACAUGGCUGACACCUGUGGCACAAUCUGUCAUGCCGCUGACAAACUUCUCUCAGCCGGAGCCACCAAAGUUUACGCGAUCUUGACUCACGGAAUCUUUUCUGGCCCGGCCAUUCCUCGCAUCAACAGUGCAUGCUUUGAGGCAGUAGUAGUCACCAACACCAUACCUCAGGAGGAUAAGAUGAAGCAUUGCUCCAAAAUACAGGUGAUCGACAUCUCCAUGAUCCUCGCGGAAGCCAUCAGGAGAACUCACAACGGGGAAUCUGUUUCCUACCUAUUCAGCCAUGUCCCUUUAUGA